AUGGAUCGCUUGGAAGGUGUCAUCGCUGGAGCAACAAUGUUGAUAGUUGGUGUCACUGGAAUUACUUUGAAUGCUGCGGCUGUUGUGCUUAUCUAUCGCACACCCUCCUUCCAUAAUGCAUUUGGCUACAUUUGCGCAUCACAUUUGGUCGCUGAUGUUGGCGCACUCACGAUUUUCACUUUUUGGUCUGCUCCAGCAGCUCUAGCGUGA